AACUUGUUAGUACUUCCGGUUUUGUUCUUAGGGAAGAAGUGAAAUAAAGGAUGCUUUCUCCAAGACCCUGAGCCUGAGGCCGGACACUGCGUUUCAUCUGAACUUCUUCCUUUCCUUUUGACAUUAACAUUUUUCGAGUUUUGGUCCUCCGAUUACAUCUAACACCAGCAAAAUGGAACAAGGAGGGAAACUUCCAGAUAUCACUGAAUACACAGAUAGAUACAUCAAGUACCCAUAUCAAGCAAGAGCUCACGAAACCAAAAAAUCAGAGGAACCGGCAGCAGAGAGCCUUCCAAACUUGGAAUUUUGGCCCAAGACGUAUGAAGAUGCUCUGAAAAUCUUGGAGCCUACACGGGCCAAAGGCGUCAAGUUUCCGGGAGACUCAGAAUAUGUAGAUAAAUAUGUUCCACCUUCGGAAAUGAGCCCUAAGCCUGAUCCGCAUGCCCAUCUGGAAAAUGUGAAAGUGGACAUGUUGACCGGUCGGCCCAGAACGCCCAAUGACCCGUACACAGUCCUGACACAGCAGCAGCUGAAGAACAUGAAGCAGGACUCGGCCCCGUUUUUCAUGAAAGAAGACCUGAACGCUGGUCCUGGCUCAAGGAACGGCCCCGUCAUCCGGCCAGCUCCUAUCGACCGCUACGCGACAAACACGAGCCAGUUUUUGUUCCGAGACAACCCUCCAAAGACACACCCCCACUGCUGGGUGGAUGACCAGUGGAAGCGAGACCCCCCUGCUGACCACAACACGUGCCGGCUCGGGGCCAGUCUACGCUGGGGACCACAGAAGACUGGGCAGAGAACUAUCGAUCACUUCCACAAAGAGGACGUCCACCGUUACCUGAACAUUGACGUGUACAAGAGGAACCCGACCAACGUCCCGUCCAUGGUGGUGAUGAAACAUGGCCGCCCCAGUGAGGGAUACUACCAGCAGAGGAACCCCAACUUCAACACGUGGUUCGGCUCCACCCACCAGCUGAACGAGACCAACGUUCUGACCACGAUCCGGCCCAAGACGUACGCGGAGUACGCUCAGGUCAAGGCCAUGGAGCAGGACUACAACAGGCACAAGGCCGCCCAGUGGCCCGAGAUCUCUGAGUACACCGACAAGUUCCUGCUCAACUCCAAAGUGCCCGUGGAGCUCAACGA